UCUCAUCACCAGUUCUCGUUGCUAGCUUCUAAUAUAAAUUCUGUCGAUCCACUACUGGCUAGCCCGGAAGCCCUGCCCCUUGGUCGACGGCUUUCCCUCGGUCGUUCAGCAUCCAUUUGUCUCCUGCGUUUAUAGAUAUACUAAUUGUUACAAGCAAUCCCCUUCUCCCCAACAAGAAUCUCCGUAGCACGCCCAAAGACGAUCCUUUUUGCUCAACUAUAGAUAUUUUGCUUCAACUAGCCUGGAUGUUAUCCAAAACUUCUGUGGCAGCCGCAGGUAAGGCUCAGCAACGGGUCAUACAAACUGCGCUGCAUCUCAAGCCUUCUCAGACACAUAACAUGGCGACCCUCAACGCCCCAUCGAAAAAACAUAGGGUGGCCGUUGUAGGAUCGGGAAACUGGGGUUCAACUAUCGCAAAGAUUGUAGCAGAGAACACAAGGGAACACCCCGAAUUAUUCGAAGAGGAUGUUCAGAUGUGGGUUUUCGAGGAAGAGGUCACCAUCCCCAAAAACUCGAAACACUACCCAGGAGACUCGGCCAAACCAGAGAAACUUACGAGCCUUAUCAACAAAUACCACGAGAACUUCAAAUACCUCCCAGAAAUUCCAUUGCCGACGAAUCUUAUCGCCAACCCAUCGGUAGAAAACGCCGUAGAGGGUGCCUCAAUCCUGAUCUUCAACCUGCCCCACCAGUUUAUUGGCAAACUCUCUCAACAAAUGCGCGGCCACAUCCUCCCCUUCGCCCGUGGAAUAUCCUGCGUCAAGGGCGUUAACGUCACGGAUGCAUCAGUGAGCCUCUUUUCAGAGACAAUCGGAAAGGGCUUGGGCAUCUACGUUGGGGCACUGUCCGGUGCCAACCUCGCCACAGAAAUCGCCAAGGAGAAAUGGUCCGAAACCACCAUCGGAUACGACCCACCCAUUCUGGAUUCUCGAUCCCCUACGCCGAGAGGGCCGUCUGCACAGGCCUCAACCGACGACUUAAAAGGGUUGCAGCACCUAGAUGUACACGGAGAAGUGUCGUCUGUCAAGCUGUCUCCCCUACCUUCCGACUAUCCUCCUAUAGACCACGCCCUCUGGCACACACUGUUUCACCGACAAUACUUCCACAUUCGCCUGAUCCACGAUGUCGCAGGUGUCUCUCUCGGAGGCGCACUGAAGAAUAUCGUCGCGCUAGCCGCCGGCUUCGUUGAUGGCCGCGGAUGGGGUGACAAUGCCAAAGCGGCUGUCAUGCGCGUCGGCCUGCUCGAGAUGGUUAAAUUCGGCAAAGAGUUCUUCGCCGAGACUGUCGACCCAGCCACAUUCCUAGAGGAGAGCUGUGGCAUGGCUGAUCUCAUUACCAGCUGUUCGGGUGGCAGGAACCACAAGUGUGCGAAGAUGUCAGUAGAGGAGGGCCUCUCGAUCAACGAGAUCGAGAAGCGCGAGCUGAAUGGGCAGAAGCUGCAGGGAACGAGCACGGCGUAUGAGGUACACUCGUUUUUGAACAGCAGGGGAGUGGCGCAUGAAUACCCAUUGUUUACUGCGGUUUAUAAUAUUUUGGAAGGCAACAACACGGUCGAUGAUAUCCCAGAUCUCAUUUCUAAGCCAGGCGAAUGAGCGAGCGGUUUGCAUUGGGUUGGUUUGACAGUGUGAUGUUAGAUAGAGCGCCAUAUGUGACAACCGAUCCAAAGACGUACGGUACAUCAUUAAAUGCGCCACCAUAUACCAAACGUCAUAUUCACCAACCCACGGCCACAAUGCACUCACUCUCCUCCUUGCAACAGUUGGUAAUACAGUUCCAUUAAUAUCCGUUACUUUCUGCACAUUCAGCACGCUUCUGCCUAGAUGUCGGUAUCCCGUAAGGCGUAUUUUGGCGUCUGUAUCCACGAUUGGCUAGUAAUCGCCUUCCUGAAGCGUGCAUCGGAGAACCGGAGUCCAUUUUGGUGUUCGCACAAUCGGCAAAUGAAGAUCACAAAGAACCCCGCAACCUACCCCGCCUACCUCAUCUAUAAUAUAUAAUAGAGUCCCUUACUUUAUAAUUUCUAUAACAGCAU